AUGACUAAAACCUUACCAAAUUUUAAACUACCUUCUCGUGUUACUAUUGCAAGACAUUGCUUAAGGAUUUAUCAAGAAGAGAAAGAUAAGCUUAAAUAUCUUAUCAAGGACCAACGUGUUUGCCUUACUAGUGACACGUGGACAUCACUCCAAAAUUUGAGUUAUAUGGUUGUCACCGCACAUUGGAUUGAUGACCGAUGGAAUUCACAAAAGAAAAUUCUGAACUUUUUUCCAACACCAGAUCACAAAGGCGAGACUAUUGCUAAGGGAAUUGAGGAAUUCUUAUUGGGUUGGGGCAUUGAUAACUUGUUUACAGUAACCUUAGACAAUGCGACUGCCAAUGAUGCUGCCAUUAAGCAUUUGAAGGUGCUAAUGGGGACUUUGUAUGUUACUUCCAACUGUUUCUUCCGUGAAUUUUUUACUCUUCGAAGUUCUAUUAAAAAGUAUUCUACAUGCGAAGAUCUUAUUUUGGUUGAUAUGGCAGACAUGAUGAAAAGUAAAUUUGACAAGUAUUGGGGAAAUUUUGAGAAUAUGAAUAUGUUAUUACUUGUUGCUGUUGUGUUAGAUCCCAGAUAUAAGAUGAAGUAUGUAAACUUCACUCUUUCCAAAGCAUAUGGUCCUUUGUUGGGAAGAUUAAAGUCGGAAGAUGUGGCAAGUGUUUUAACGCGUUUGUAUGAUUCUUACAGUCACUACUGUAAAAAAGGCUUUUAG